GGGCGGGCGGGCAUCGGAUUGAAUGGCAUGGCAUGGGUUCCGGGGUUCCAGCCCAGGCUGCUUUCCAGCAACCGCGGGCCACUGAUGAGCCACUGAUGCGCCCGCGCACGGCUCGCGCCAUCAUGCCCAGAACAGCCCUGGCCCAGCGCUGGACCAGCUGGUCUAUUGGCGCUUCCGCCCGCCCACCACCCCGGGCUGCCCGACGACCGCUCCCGUCGACGGGAGGGCGGGCACCUUCUAGGUUGGCGCCUUCCGGGGUCUCAGAGAGCAUGCGCGCGCGCGCGAGAGAGAGACGGAGAGAGAGGGAGCCGGGCGCCUUCCAGCUCUCACCUCAUGCCCGAGCAUCGGUCCACAUCCACAUCCACAUCCAUCCCAUCCCACAUCCAGCGUGGCCAGUCCGAAAGAGGUCAGCACCAGACGCUCCACCAAUUUGCGCCAGCGGCCCCCCGUCCGUCCAUCCAUCCAUCCAUCCACCACCUCCGCCCGUCUCUCCCCCCCCCAGCAUCGCGAAUCUCUUUCCCGUCCUUCCCUCGCCCACACCCGCAUCCGCUCAGCAGCAGCACCACCACCACCACGCGUCCACGUCGUAGGUGGUCCACGGCAGGCGUCGCUCUCCCCAGCUGGCCCAUCCGCCGCAUUCGCUGCCGCCGCGUCUCUGCGAACCGGCCCCAGCAUUUUCUUCUUCUCUUUCUUUCGCCCUCUGGGUUGGUUGGUGAAUUGGCGCCUCGCCCGAUUCGGUCUACGUCGCCAGUCGCUUCAUCCGUGAUCCCCGGUCCCUGCAUCGUAUGCCGGCUCUAUAGGUUACUCGCGCGUCGUGUGUCGAGUUGGAUAUCGCUGUUCGUGCUAGCCGCACAGUCGCAGUUCGCUUUCGGUUCCCUCUGGACUCGACGCGACUCGAACGCCCGCACGCGCAUUCCGCCGGCCACGUCGCAUCGACGGCCAUAGACCAUCAUCAUGGCACCCCCAAGCACCAGAAGCCUGCCUUCGCGGACCAAUCCCCUCAUGGUCGAGGACAUCCCCGAGUGUAGGUCGCGGUCACUUUCUUCGCGGUCGGUCGCGUUGGUUCGCGUAUGCGUGCGCGCUAACCUCCAACCCCCCACAGACCACGAGCUCGUCGCGCGACGACGCCUCGGCCAGACCAAGCUGACCCCAAAGAUGGUCGGCGGCGAUGAGGCAGAGUCCGGCGCCCUCGGCGCCUUUGAGUACGCCCACCUCCGAGCCCCCCUGCCCAAGGGCAUCGUGUCAGGAAUCUUCAAGUCCAGCCCGACCAGCUACUUUUUGAUGCGCCGGAGCUUCGACGGCUACGUCUCCGCCACCGGCAUGUUCAAGGCCACCUUCCCCUACGCCGAGGCCGCCGAGGAGGAGGCCGAGCGCAAGUACAUCAAGUCUCUGCCGACCACGAGCCCCGAGGAGACGGCCGGCAACAUCUGGAUCCCCCCGGAGCAGGCCCUUGCCCUUGCUCAGGAGUACAACAUUGACAUCUGGAUCCGAGCCCUGCUCGAUACCGCCAAGAUCCCCGUGUCGACCGCCUCGGACUCGCCACCCAAGAAUGUCAGCGCACCCCCCAAGUUUGAUGUCGCCAAGGCCCAGAAGCAGCAGCUGGCCCCGCCCACGCCCUCGUCCAUCCCGCGCAGUUCGCGCGCGCGCCGAUCCGCCAGCCCGACCAAGAGCACGAAGCGUGCCCCGGCCUCGCCUCGCAAGCGUAGCGCCAAAGCCAAGCUCGAAUCUGCCGAGGUCAAUGGCGAUACCGCCAAGAAGGGCAAGCAGGACGAUAUCGUCAUGAAGACGUCUGCCUUUGAACCCGCCGUAGUCCUGGAGCCGAGGGAAGAGGACCCCAAGGUCAAGGUCCACGUGGACGAGGAGGUCUCGACGGACGUCAACGGCGUGGAGACCAAGCACACCGUGACCGAGGUGGACAUUCCUCUGCCUACGGCAGGUGAGCCGCCGAACGCGGAAGAGAUUGCCAAGAUGAUGGAGGCGGCCAAGGAGAUGGUCAAGAAGGACAGAGAGUCUGCCAGCGCCGAGGCCGAGGACAAGAUUGAUGACAAGAAGGCCAAACCCGAGUCGACCAAGAAGAGCAAGCGCAAGGCGACCGACAUCUCCGUCUCGGAGAAGAGCCCUGGCAAGAAGAUGAGCGACGCCGAGGUCAAAGAGGAGGCGCCGCGGGCAAAGAAGGUCAAGACGGCCACCGAGGUGCAAAAGGACAGGGUCAAGAACAGGGCGCUCUUUGGCAUAGGGGCCACUGUCGCGGUCGGUGCACUCGUCCCAUGGCUCGUCAACUUUCUGUAAGACGAGACGGCGACUGGCCCGACGCAGCGCACCGGAUGUCGACGCCCGCCGCCUUUGUGCAUAUCAUGUUUUUGGUGUCAGUAAUAUCCGCGCACGGAGAGGAGAAUACCCCCCUUUGCCUCGAGCUCUUGCGCCCAGCUUGGAACUGGAUAUAGUAGUCGUUUUUCUUUGGCCAGCCUGGUUGCAAUGAGCUCGGGGCGUCGAACCUUUUGUCUUUGUGGUUGCACUACGCCCCAUUUUUUAUUAUAAGACUGAUAUUCCCCCACAUUCGCUUUCUUUCCCCCUUUCGCCCUUUCCCGCCGCUCAUUACGGAAGGGGAGGAAAACGGCCGCUUUGGUGGCUAGCGACGAAACAGCAGUGUUGUGAGAUAUAGGCGUACGAGGGAUGGAUGGGGUCGCUUGGUGUGAAUAGCCUCACACGCAUCGGUAGUGGUGGAUGGCGUUUUGCGCGUCAAGGCGGGGGGCCAGGCGGGUGCAGUAUUGUUUGUAAUGAAUACAAGACGUGCAGUGCCUCUUGCCGCACUGCUCGCAAGGACUGAAGUUGGGGAUUUUGCGUAGAGAAUGGAUGUCCCUGAUGAGAAUAUCCGGUGGCGUCUUAUCCGAAAC